ACAGCAUUGCAAAGACUAAAGCAGAAGAAGAAACAACUUGCGGCACGUUUGAGCAGCAACAACAAUAAUAAGCGGCUAGAAUUGGAUGAGAAUGAUAAAUGCAAGUUACUGGAAGCCAAGAUAGCUCAAAAGCGCAAUAAUCCAUUUGCCAAAUCCAAAGAUGGCGCCAAGAAACAAAAGAUCGAUGAACAACCACAAGAGGCAACUGUAUCCGUAUCUAAAAACGCAACCACCAAUAAUUUAGCAUGUUUGACAUCCACGCGUCCGCCACCAGCAAAGUUAACAUUGCAGAAAUUCGAUGUUCAAGCAUUUGCUAAACUGCUGCAUCAAGCUAAGGCCACACAAGCCGAUGAGGAAGAGGAUGCCGCAUUGGCUGCUCGGCAGAAGCAUACGCCACAUCUGCCAAUGGAUUGGUGCCUUAAGACGCGUGUGCGCUUCUUUUGCCCAACUGAUCUGCCCGCCACACAACUUAAAACUUCACAGCUGGCCAGCGGGCUGACCAGUUUUGUGCGUUGCUUCGACACUAACCAGACGGAGAGUACUCUGGAUAUAUCAGAUGCAACUCGAUUCAAUCAAUGCACCUACUAUUGGCAGCAUCCACAUCUGCCUUGGCUGACGCUUUUCCCACGCAAUGCUAAGGAGAAUAAUGGCAUCACAAUUGGCGAACGCGAGCGCAAAGCUUUGGCCGAAGAGUGGGACUACAGUUUUCGAGGAUUAUUUCAGCUGCUUCGUGCACGUCAGUGUCCGUACUUUUAUUUGUGUGCCAAUUCCUUUACGGUGCUCUUUCGAGCAGCUGGUACCGGUGGGCGACCAGAAACACAUGCCUUGGUUACUCCAUCUACUCGUGGCAUGCGUAGCGCACUUCAGCAAGAGGGGAUUGAGUACAGUAUGCCAUUGAAGCAGCAACAGGAUGUUGGAGAAGGCGGAGCCUCGAAUAGCAGCUUUAUAGAAGAGAACGAGGCAAACAAUAGCGAUAAUGGAACAGGUCUAGCUAAUGGCCAGGCCAAAGAUAUUCAACAGAUUUCCGAUGAAGAAGAUGAUGAUGAUGCUUGGUUAGAGAGUUUGGGCGUAGAUGAACGCGAGUUACGGCGCAUACAAACGACACAUGCAAGGAAGUUGAAGGCAGCCGAAAUGAGCGAGGAUUUUAGUGAUAACUCUCUGCUGCUAAUUGAAGGUGUCGAGUGUCAAGGGUUCUUCAGUUAUCUGCUUAAUGCAAAAAGCACCAUCACCAGCGUUGGCCGCCUGGCUGGAGUACCACCCACGCUUCUGGCUCCUGUUGCAUUUCCUAAAGCUACGAUGCAGCACUUGGUGCCACGCUCCAAGAAAGUACGACUUGAUGGCACAGACUACUACAGCAUUGAUAUCAAAGGAUUGCUGUUGCCCACAUUCCUGCCAAGCGUUGCGAUGCUGCUUUGCGAGACACGCCACACAUUCAGCGCCACGCUCGCUAGUAGUAUUAAUACCCUCUCUUUUAGCAAAGCGACCCAGAAACUGCUGGAGACCACAACACCUGCGGAAUCGAAGGAAGCUGAGAAGAGCGAUACCGGCUGCGGCCAGGUUUUUGGAGAGCAAAAUCUAUCGGACUGCGGUCUACUGCCUGCUGUCGUGGGCUCCAUAUGUCGGACAGGUCAUAAUGCUGUUGGGUUACUUGAGCGUGUCUGUUAUCAGCAAGGGGAGGGAUAUGCAUGGAGCUGACUUAAAUUACCAAAACAUUUUUUUAGGCAGCUAUAAAUAAUCUAUAUUCU